AUGUCUUUUACAAACCUUGUUCGAUUCGAAGAUGACCAAGGUGCUAUACAUUACGGCGAUGUUCCAGAGGAUUGCCUCCUAGAUAUCAUUGGGUGCCGAGUACCCAUUCUCGCCGGGGACCAAUUUGAAGAUUCACUUCAACUCACGGGUCAACAGGCGGUGGUCCACAAGAUCCUGCCGCCGGUUGACAGCGUGCCUGUUUUCCUUUGUAUUGGGUUGAAUUAUGCCGAGCACGCGAAGGAAGCAAAUCUUCCAAUACCACCAAGCCCGGUCCUAUUCAUCAAACCAGCCGGUUGGUCCUCCCCUGAUUCUUCUAUCACGAUUGAUCCCAGUACCUUUCCAGUAUUGAGUUACAGGUCAACUGAAGAGGCUGUGUAUACAGAUGCUCUCGCCGGGCCGCAUGAUCAAAUAGAAAUACCACAUCAUGCCAAGAUGCUGGACUACGAGGGUGAGCUUUGCUUUAUUGUGAAGCGAGACGCGAAGAAUAUUGCUGCCAGCCAGGCAUUGGAGUACAUACUCGGUUACACGGCAGGAAACGACAUUUCGUCUCGGCUAUGGCAGCGUCCUCCUUUGGCCGGUGGGCAAUAUUGUUAUGCUAAGGGUUUCGACAAGUUCGCGCCUAUUGGUCCGACGGUACGACACGCAAGAAAAAUAACCAUGGACAGCGUUAGUCUCCAGACGCUGGUCAACGGCAAAGAGAGACAGAGCACUGUAGCCAGCGAUAUGUUGUUUUCUCCCAGCAAGAUUCUCGAGCAUCUUUCCAGCGGCUGCACGACACUGGAGAAAAGCCGUUCAAAUGCCCUAAGUGCGAUCAACGAUAUGCGCGAAGACCAUGUUCGACGUGAUAGAAAUUCGCAACAAGCAGGAAUAUUAGCACCUCUCACGGCUAUCAAUAACCCAGACAGUGAUGCGAGAGUGCAGGACAACACAUCAUCUACCAGCAAUUCUCCGGUUGAUGCAAUCUAUGAACAUAUGUCAACCUCAAAUAUUGUUCUCCCCGUGGAUGAAUGGCUUUCAGCUCCAACAAAACGGGUAAAUGGCAAGGGCGAACGCUUAUUCGUCCCCCAACAGAUGGAAGAGUCCAAUGUUUGUCAUGGUCCUGUAGCAGAGGACUCCCCAAACUACGACUCUUCUUCAUUCAUACACUAUGCUCCACUUCUGGAUCAGUCGAUAGUCCACUCAUGGCCAUUAUCUACUACAUCGUACCCUUGCUACGACCCCAGUGACAUCGAUCUGAAUGUUGCAUUCACCGGAGCCAACGUGUUAUUUGAAAGCACCGGUCAGCCUCUGGAGGAGGGACCUAGUCCGUUCGUGAUAGAAUCCCCAUCCCUAGGGGUGCCGGUGAUACAUAGUAACGCACCCAAAGAAACGGAAGACCCCCGUGAAUCACUGGGACUUGAUUCACUGAAACGCAUUGAGCAGAUGUGGUCCGGCAAAGGAAUUUCUCAGCCGGCGCUUCUCGUUCGGACAUUAUGGGACGACGUUACAGAGCACAAAGCGGCUAAUAUCCUCUCCGACCCUGCGGAGCAUGUUAAUUUGCCCUCAAAUCCUCCUUCAGAGCAUAGAUCUGAAUGCGGGAUGAAUAGCAAAAUCACCGAACGGUGUCGGGAAAGGCUCUUAGUAUUUCACAGUCUGACUCAAACCCCUCCAGGAAUAGCGCUGGCUUCAAAUGUGCCGUCGCCUUCUAAGUCUCAACAAAGUGAGCUUUCCUCUAGUCUAGCAACCGGGCCAUGCCUCCCGGACCUUCCGGAUAUAGAAUUUCCUUCAGUGGAAGUACUCGAUUUGAGCCUGAAGUUCUACUUCCGGCACGUCCAUCUGUCUUUGCCCUUCAUACAUCGGCCCACUUUCAAUGCCUCAGAGACACCAUGUUUGCUCCUGUUGCCGAUGAUCUUAAUCGGGUUUUCGAUUCUCGAUCCAUAUGGCUCAAAAGCCUUUGUCUCACGCUCCAGGGCGUACCUUAUCGAGUUGUGUCGAGCAGACCUGGCCUGCAAAGCUCGCGGAAAAUCGGGCUCCCCAUCGGGAUUGAUCCGUUCUCUAGCAUCCUCACUUCUAGUUUUGUACCUCAAUCUGGAAAGUCAGAUCGCCGAAAAGCAUGGCUUAUACGAGAUGCACCAUAAGCAGGACCUCAUUACGAACCUUCUUACAAAAACUUCUGAUAGUGAGAGUUAUUGGAUGCUGUGGGCAAGGAUCGAAUCUAUCAAAAUGCUGGUAUUAUGCUUGGUGCGUAUGGAUACGGCUUAUGCCCGCUUAAUGGGUACCAACGGGGUCAUUGAUCCCAACCAGGUCAAGGUCGUCCUCCCCGUAGACAAUGUUCUCUUCGAUUCACCCAAUGCGGAUAAAUUCGUGGAGGAUGUGAAGAUGGCAACAGCCGUCCCUAUGCCCGUUAUUCACAUGCGACAUUUUGCGGAAAGCGCCCCUAAAAGUGGAGUGAUGAACGGAUUCCUUCUGCGAGUGGUCUUGGAUCACAUCCAUAUCCGCGUCUCCAGCGCUCAGGUUCGGAUCUUGUCCGCCGCGGACGAUAACGUGCCGCAACUCUGCGAUUUUGCACCAGCCAGCCUGUAUAACCCGUCUGCGGAAGUGAAAGACAUUAACCACCAGCUUGUUGCUAUAUCGAGGAAUUACGCGAGUUUGCUUCAGCCGCCUGCUGACCCUCUCUCCCCAUUGUCAUGGAAUUAUCUAUGCAUGAUCAUAACCGCUCCAGUCGAACAGUUGGAGCUAGCAAUCGGUCGCCGCGGCCCACAAUGUGCUCCAAAAUCCCGUGCUGCUAUUGAGGUGUGGUCCAAGUCACCAGCCGCCAGGCGGGCGGUUUUGCAUGCUGCCCAAAUAUGCUACAUCCUCACCUUCGGCGCACACCCGCCGUUAUCCUCAGCGGAGAAGAAAUUGCUGCGAGUCGAAUCAAUGGUUUUCACCUCGGCCUUGGUACUUGGUCUGUACUUUUCCACGGAAAGAACAUAUAUUUCUUCUUUCAGACUGGCCGAAGAUAGCAAUCCACCCAGUGCGUUGGAACUCUUGCAAGAUAUUGACUGGGCUAUCGUCAAUGGCGAGGGAUUUGCAGAGGACUGUGAUUGGACCUUGGCUCUCCACAAUACUGAGCGAUCUACCUCAGCUCAGUUUGCAGGAGUCCAAGCCAGGGACUUUAUUCGACAUGGCGAGCUACCACUUUCCUUUGAUGGUAAAUCUCAAUUGCAAGGCGUCAAAAUGGCCGCCAGUGUUUUUCAGGAGUAUGCCUAUAUUCUUGAUCAACUUGGUGGGUCUGCUGGGUCUCAUGGAUCUGGGAGUGACUUUGCAAAUAUAGCAAGAUCAGUUAGUGAUAUUCUGGCGUCCUGA